AUGGAGCCAGAUGUAAAAGUGAAUGAAGAUUUCAAAAGCCAGUUUAAGGCUUAUCAGGAGCAACAGCAAAGGCGGCUGCAAAAUUUGAUGGAGAGGAAGAAGGAAAAGCAGAACACGCAGAAGAACACUGGCAGCACAAAGAACACUAUAAAAGCCCUGAGUGACCUAAACCUGUUUAAUAAAGGACCUCCUGUAAAUGAAGAUGCCAGCAAAAGUUUUCUUGAGGCUGAGAAUGAGAAGCUGCAGGAUCAGCUCCGAGAGGUCCGGGAUGAGAACUGCAGGCUCUACAAACUGGUGUCAGAGAAAGAUUUUGAAAUAAAUCAGCUCCAGAGAAGAGUGCAGGAGGAAAGGUUGGCUCUGUCAGGGGUGUCUGGUAUAGCUGGAGACGUGGCAGCCACUAAAAUAGUUGAGUUGGCCAAAAAGAACCGUGAGAUAACUGCUGAGUUUGAGAGUGAGAGAGCCAGAGUGAAGCAGCUGAAUUACAAAGUCAAGGAGCUGGAGAGAGAACUACAGGCAGCCACAGAAAAAAUCCAUUCCCUUGGUGGCGAUGCUGCAGGAAUCAAGGAAUCAACUCUGAAAAUACUGGAAGGAAACUUGGCUGAAAGUCCAGAGGUGAAAGCACUGCAGGAAAAAUUGAGCACAGCCAAUAUAAAAGUGACGGAAUAUCGGAACCAGCUCCAGAACGUGAAACAGGAACUGAAGCUGACCCAAAAGAUUUUAGCCAAAGAAGUUGGGGAAGAUGUGAAUAUCCAAAGUCUCUUGACCAAUUCUGGCAGCUGGCGUGGACGAGCUCAGCAAAUUCUUCUUCUCCAAACCAGGGUUCGAGAGCUGGAGCAUAAACUGAGUCAAAACAAGAUCACAGCUUCUCUGCUUGAGGUGGAUGAGGGAUUUCUGGCAUUUCCUCAUUCAAGGAAGUUGUCAGUCCAAGAGAAGAAUUUGCUGAAGAUUCGCAGCUUGGAAAAAGAGAAGAGGGAAUCUUUGGAGAAACUCGCUGAGCAAUACAACACUCUCCAAAAAAACCAUGAGGAACUGAAAAAAAAACUGGAUGCCUCAAGAGCCAGGAACCAAGUGCUGUGUGGAGAAGUGAAGAUACUGAACGGACAGAUUGGAACCUUGCUGGAGAAAGGGAAACACGAUGAUGAGCUCCUAGAUGCCUUGCUGACCCAGCAGAAACAAAUGCAGGAGCUCUUAAAGGGCCUGAGCCAGAAGGAGGAUAAGAACAAGGAGCCUCAGCAGGUGGUAGGGCAGCACCUGAACCCUGGGAUUCAGAGACAAAACAUCAUGGAAGACAAUCUCAGGGAGCUGGUGGCUGAACGAGAAGCAAAGGUUAAAACACUGGAGACAGAGGUUGAGAAACUCACGUUUCAGGAAAUCUGUGACAUGCAAACACCAUCAAACUGCCUGGAGCUGGGAUUGCCUCUCCCAGGGCUGGGUGAAGGUGUGAGCACAGUGUCCACGAUGGGCCACGUGCUCGUGGAGUCAGCAGCCACAGAGCCUUUCUUCCUCAGGGGUACCACCCCAUCUGGAAGGUGGGUAUGUAAACUGUCCGGCACGGACAGCUUGGACUGGGAAGUGCUGCCAGGAGAGAACACAGAGCAGAGGGCUCUGUGCCAGGCUGCUGAAGUGGAGAGGAGCGAGCUCCUGGAGCUGGUGACUGUGCUGCAGAAAAGGUUGGAGGAAAGCAGCAACAAAGUCUUGGAAGCUGAGAAGAAGCUUCAAGAGGAAAGGUGGCAGAGUGACAUCUUGGAACAGCAGCUUGAAAAGCUGCAGGUGGAUCUAGGGAGCAGCAGAACUGCCCAGAAACCUGCCCUGAGGAGCAGAAAAGGUGAGGGGGAGCCCUCUCAUCGCCUCCCCUUGCAUGAGGGUGACAGAGAGGAGCUCCCUGCAGUCCUGUCCAAGCUGUCCCUGGAAUCUCAGGCGGAGGAAUUCAGCACAAGGCUUGGGACCCAGCUGGAUGAGAACAAAGAUCUGAAGGCUGUUCUGGCAGAGGUUGUGAGAAAGAAAGAGGAAGAUUUUUAA